AUGGCUACCGUCGAGACCACAAACCCCAAUGACGUUCUUUUGCUCGGCUUGACCAGUCCGCUUAACGGCAUCUCCGACCAUCCUUGGUCGAGCUGGAAUGUCAAGGAUAAGGAUCGCCCACGCUUUGCGAAUGCAAUAUCGGACUGGUCAGGCACUCCUCUGAUGCUGCGUGAGCGCAACAUGAUGAAGGUCAUGGAUCGGCUUACCGAUAAGCCUGAGUGGACUCGAAAACUUUUCGACGAAGAGAUCGUGGCAAAGUGGAAGAAGGAGGCGAUCGACAUCUUCAAAAAUGAGCCUCCCGAGAAGCAAUUCAGCGAGAAAAUGUGGGACUACGUGAGUGACCUGCUCAACCUCUCGAAGCUCAGCUCACCAUUCAAAAUGCGGGAGUAUGCGAAAAUGGAGAAAGAGCUCGGUUUCAUUCCAGCGCUAGAUGCCACUGCCACUGUAUUCAAGUCCGACAAUAUCAUCCCUGCCCAGCUCAAGGAAGAUAUCCGAGCGGCAGUGUUCCCUCUCGAAAAUGUACCAGAGAGCGCCAAGGACUGGCACCCUAACUCUGAUAGAAAGGUUCUUGAUCUGGUGCAUCCCUCCCUGUUCCCACUAAUUUAUGGCCUCUCCAGGGUACUUAAGCCCCAAUACGGAGACGUACUUGGCGACAGUGCUGGCCAAUGGGAAGGCAAGGGCGGGACCAUGUCGCUAGACGAUUGCGAGCAAUGGAUUGGAAAAGGUGGCAUUAUGCCAGUACCUGAGAAGGCUGCAACGGAGGUGACAUCCUGGGCUGGAUUAUCCUACUGGGGAUCAUUGCAAAAUCAGCACUUCUACUCCGCCAAGUUCCAGUGGCUGCCAUGCGAGGUUGCAUUCACAGACGAAAAUGGUAUCAAGAUCACUAGCUACAUCAAUAAUCUGCAGCCUAAGAAGCAUAAACAACUAUACGAGGUAUUGGAGCGAGUGAUCGCUAAGACGAUUCCCAUGUGGAAUGCGACGCUGGAUUCGACGGAGACCACCCAAGAAGAUCCGCGUAUAGACCUCAACGAUGUACCCUGGAUCGAGCCAGAGGGAGAGCGCCCACGAGGCGAGGACGAGGACUCCGACGACGAUGACCCCUGGGAACUCGAUAACGCAUGGAGAGAAGAAAACCGCACACUCGUCCCUCCGGAGCCAGGACCCUUUUCCACUCGUAGAAGUGAUGAUGGCAUUGUCGGACGAAGUGAACAUUCCGUUGACCUUCGCCAGCGUUUCGCAAAUCACGGCCUGCAGAUUAUUAUUAAGCUGGCCAGCAUCCAUCUCACUCCCGAGAAGCCGUCCUACGACGGCGGGGCCUGGCACAUAGAAGGGCAGCUCAACGAGCACAUAUGCGCUUCGGCCCUGUACUACUACGACAGUAAUAACAUUACUGAUUCGUACCUUUCCUUCCGCGAGGCAACAAGUAGUGAGUGGCUCGGGGAAAAACCGUACGAACAAAGUGACCACGAACACUUUGAACGCCUCUACGGUAUCACAAAUUUCGGCCCAGCAGUUCAAGAACUAGGUUCUGUGCUCACUCGCGAGGGACGUCUUCUCACCUUCCCGAACGUCCUCCAGCAUCGCGUUAGCCCCUUCUCUUUGGCGGACAAGACGAUGCCUGGCCAUCGCAAGAUAGUCGCACUGUUUUUGGUCGAUCCGUAUACCAGAAUUCCAUCAACAGCCAACGUGCCGCCACAGCAGAAAGAAUGGUGGAAGGAGAUGGUUCGUGACCUCGAUCGGGUGAACAAGCUACCAGCCGAAUUGCAGGAAUGGGUAACGGAUAGCGCAGGUGAUUUUCCGCUGACCCUCGAGGAAGCGAACAAGCUAAGGGUGGAAUUGAUGGAUGAGCGAAAGUUGUUUGUCGCAGAUCAUGAUGAACGAAUCCGGCAGGAGUCGUUCAGCUUCUGCGAACAUUGA